AUGUUUCCUCUUCUUCCUUGAAGAGCCCGCACGCCACCCUGAGUUCUUUCAACCAUGCAGAAGCUCCUGGCAAAGAUGAGGAGUAGACAAAGCUUAGUACAUCUGCUCUUGGCAUUUAUCCUCCUUGCAGUUGCAGCUUCAAACUCCCAUUUCUCCAAUCCUACCAUGGUUCAAGCAGUAGAAACAGUGGUGAUCACAGCUGCUUUCAGGCAUGGACCUGCAGAACUUGGAUCUCACUCCACCUCUCGAUCAACUUUGGCUACUUGGGAGAACACCAGAAAAAUGACCGGGAGGAAGAAACGUAAAGUUCCAUCCGGACCCAGCCCAAUUGGAAACCAGCAUUCACCAACUAGGCCAUGAAUGGAUGAAUUAUGCUUCUUCUGUCUUGCAAGUAGAAGAGAUUGUAGUGAUGUUCCUGUAGCUGAAGGUGAAGUACUUUUAAAUUUGGAAAACUUUAGAUGUCUAAAGUACUUAUUGUAGCAGGAUGAAAUUUAUUUCCAGAUUCAGAUGAUAAAUAGCUGACUACCAUUCAACCA